AUGUCACUAAACCCAGAGGGAAGGACAGGGAUGAAGGGGAAAGGGGCACUGGAUGACCUGGGACCAAACCAGGUUCUGGAUCUGGUCCUCACACGUUGGAGAGAUGAUCAGAAAUCUGCUCUCGAGUUCCUGGCUGUGUGGGAUAAGAAGGAGGGGAUCUGGACAAUACCUGGGGGGCGCGUGCUCUCUGGUGAGAUUCUCCCACAGAGGCUGACCAGCAUACUGGGCAAGAAGCUAAAUGAGCAGAUCAAAGACAAACUAGCCAGCAAAGCUGAGAUGUAUAAUGGUUAUGUGGAUGACCAAAGGAACACAGAUAAUGCCUGGUUGGAGACAACUGCUUUCAACAUACACCUUGACAGGAGGGAUUUGUUGAUGGCUGACCUUAAUAAGAUGGCUGAGAGCAGCCAGGUCUCGGAAGAGCUGGUAAAGUGGCAGGAAGUCAGCAGCAGGACGUUGGCAUGUGCAUACCAGAGAGAGCUCCUUCGCAAGGUUGCUGAGCUGCACUGCAGGUGCUUCUGA